GCGCUCUGCUCCCCUUUGAAGCAAGAUGGCAGCCGUUAACCUGGGCCUGUUUCCACGAAAAAGACGCGGAAUCUGCGAACGCGAGAGCUGCAGUUCGUAUCGGGGUUUGAGGCCUUCAUCAAGUGUUUAGAAACCCUCCCGGUCCAGCCGCCGGCUCCAUCGCUCUCUCCACGUUACUGAAUCCUUACCGGCUGCAGAUGAGACAAAAAAUCUGCCCAUCGCCAUUACUCGCACUGCGCAUGCUCGAGUCUCGGAACCCAGGCGGACCAAUGAGAAGGUAUUAGAAGGGGAGGAAUUGCCGUUGCGAAACGGAAAAAAGAAAUCACAUCAGGAUCUGAAGGAGUUGCCCCAUUUAUUGUAACCUGAAUAUCACUGGAUUUUGAACAUGGAAGAAAAAAGCACUGUUCACAGUGGAGAGAAACUGUACAUGUGUUGUGUGUGUGGACGAGGCUUCAGCCAAUCAUCUGACCUGUCAAAUCAUAAAUGCAGUCACACUGGGGAGAAACCGUGGAAAUGUGGGGACUGUGGGAAGGGACUUAAUUACCCAUCUGAGGUGGAAAAUCAUCAGUGGAGGCACACUGGGGAGAGGCCGUUCACCUGCUCUGAGUGUGGGAAGGGAUUCACUUGUUCAUCCACACUGCUGCAACAUCGACAAGUUCAGACUGUCGAGAGGCCUUUUAAAUGUCCAGACUGCGGGAAGUGUUAUAAAAGUCCCCGGGAACUGACUGGCCAUCAACGUGUUCACUCUGACGAGAGACCGUUCAGGUGCUCUCACUGUGGGACUGGGCACCUUCGAGUUCACACUGGGGAGAGGCCGUUCACCUGCUCAAAGUGUGGGAAGGGAUUUGCUCACUCAUCUCAUCUGCUGACACACCAGCGAGUUCACACUGACGAGAGACCUUUUAAAUGCCCAGAUUGUGGGAAGUGCUAUAAAAGUUCCCGGGAACUAAUGUUUCAUCAAGGUGUUCACACUGACAAGAGACCAUUCAGGUGCUCUCACUGUGGGACUGGGUUCACACGUUCAUCUGAUCUGAUUGUACCCCAACGAGUUCACACUGGAGAGAGGCCGUUCACCUGUUCCGACUGUGAGAAGGGAUUCACUCGGUCAUCCCACCUGCUGACACACCAGCGAGUUCACACUGGAGAGAGGCCAUUUACCUGACCUGAUUGUGGGAAGGCAUUCACUCAGUCAUCUAACUUGCUGACACAGCAGCAAAUUCACACUGGAGAGAGGCCGUUCACCUGUUCCGAGUGUGGGAAGAGAUACACAACCUCAUCCAACCUGCUGAAACACCAGCGAGUUCACGAGUAACUCCAAUGAUUGAAUUUUUCUUAAUCACUUCCAGGACUGGGCCAUAUUCAUUUGGAUCUUUUUCUGUUGAUGUUAAUAAACUCCAGCCCAGUUAUAGGGGCUAAUAUUCUGGAUAAAAGUCUAAUAAAUCAGCUUUGUGCUCAACACACAACUGUCAGGUCUUUUUAAUAUCUCUAACACAGGUUAAUUCAUUUUGAAGGGCUCUCCCUCUCCCAUCUCCU